AUGGUUGUGUUACCUUCUUCUUUUACUGGUGGACCCCGUUAUAUGCAUGAGCGAACUCAGGAUGCAAUGACAUAUGUUCGACAUUAUGGACGGCCAGAUUUGUUUAUUACUUUCACCUGCAAUCCCAAGUGGCCAGAAAUAACAGAGCUUUUGCGUCAAGGUCAAAAAUCACAUGAUCGACAUGACAUUGUAGCGAGAGUUUUUAAUGUAAAAGUGAAACAUAUGAUGAAGCUUCUUACAGUGGGUAGUAUUUUUGGUAAAACAAAAUGUCACAUGUACACUUUCGAAUGGCAGAAACGUGGACUUCCUCAUGUUCACAUUCUACUGUGGUUGGAAGAAAAAAUAAGAUCUGAGUCUGUUGACCAAAUUAUAAGCGCUGAAUUACCUGAUCCUAACCUAGAUCCAGAUCUUUUUGAAAUCAUAAAAUCAACCAUGAUUCACGGUCCAUGUGGUUCUUUCAACUCAAAGUCACCCUGUAUGGUUGAAGGAAAGUGUACUAAAAGAUAUCCUAAGGCAUUUUUAAAAGAAACUGUCGCUGGAGACGAUGGCUAUCCUCAGUAUCGCAGAAGAUCUCCAGCAGAUGGUGGAAUGAAAAUAACCCUUAACGGAGUUGAAGUUGACAAUAGAUGGGUAGUCCCGUACAAUCCCGUUCUAUCCCGUACUUUUAAAGCUCAUAUUAAUGUGGAAUAUUGUAAUUCUGUUAAGUCUAUUAAAUACAUUUGUAACUACCUUAAUAAAGGAUCUGACCAAGCAGCGUUUAUCGUUGAGGAUUUUGAUGAGGUGAAAAAGUACCAAGCAAAAGUACGUUACAUUAGUAGUUCUGAAGCGGUUUGGCGCAUACUUUGUUUCUCUAUUCAUGACAGAUUUCCUUCUGUCAUGCAUCUUGCUGUACAUCUUGAAAACGGUCAACGAGUUUACUUCACAGAAGGAAAUGUAAUUGAUAAAGUUGUUAAUCAACCAAAGACAACUCUAAUGGCUUUUUUUGAACUUUGCAACUGUCAUAAUUUUGCAAAAACUCUUUUAUACUUUGAAGUUCCGGCUUACUAUGUAUGGAAGAACAACCACUUUGAAAGGCGGAAAAAAGGUAAGGAUGUUCCAGGUUAUUUAGGAGUUAAGAAAGAUCAUGUUUUAGGUAGAGUGUAUACCGUUCAUCCCGGUAAUGCCGAGUGUUAUUAUCUACGUCUUCUAUUACAUCAGAUUCGAGGUCCAGUAUCAUUUUCUGCUUUAAAAACUGUUGAUGGAGUAAUUCAGCCAACAUUUCAAGCAGCAUGUAGAGCACUAGGUCUUCUCGAAGAUGAUGCUAAUUGA